AUGGACUAUAAUGUAGAUGGUGGACGGGAUCUUGAUAUUUUUGACAUAAAUGAAAAGGCAGGGUUGAAUCUUGUGGAGGGGGACAUUGUGCUUGAUGAGAAGCAAACUCGGAAUUCCAUCAUAGGAGAUGAAUACAGGUGGCCAAAGACAAUCCCAUACUACAUGGAAGACGACUUAGAGAUCAAUGCAAAAGGUGUGAUUCUGAAGGCCUUUGAGCAGUACCGCCUUAAGACCUGUAUCGACUUCAAGCCAUGGAGUGGGGAAGAAAACUACAUUUCUAUCUUUAAAGGGGAUGGCUGUUUCUCUUCUGUUGGUAAUCGGAAAGUUGGGAAGCAGAGAUUGUCAAUAGGAACAAACUGCGAUCGUAUUGCAACUAUCGAACAUGAGUUCCUUCAUGCUCUGGGUUUCUGGCAUGAGCAGUCCAGAGCAGACCGUGAUGAUUAUGUCAAAAUCAUGUGGGACCGCAUCUCAGAAGGUAAGGAGCACAACUUUAACACCUACAAUGACACUACCUCCAGCGCUCUGGGAGUACCCUAUGACUAUGGCUCCAUGAUGCACUACAGUAAAACUGCCUUCCGCAAUGGCACCGAGCCCACCAUUGUCACAAAGAUACCUGCCUUCAGUGAUGUCAUUGGCCAGCGCAUGGAGUUUAGUGACAAUGACCUGCUCAAGCUGCACCGGCUAUAUAACUGCACUCAGGGAUCCACUUUCCUGGACUCAUGUGACUUUGAACGGGAGAAUAUCUGUGGGAUCAUCCAGGGGCAGGCGGAUGGUGCCGACUGGGUCAGGGUUUCCAAAGCUGCUGGGGGGCCUGACACAGACUACUCCAAUAUGGGCAAAUGCACUGGCUCAGGAUACUUCAUGCAUUUCAGCACUGGGACAGCCAACACUGGAGAUUCAGCUGUGUUGGAGAGCAGGAUCCUUUAUCCCAAAAGAGGUUUCCAGUGUCUGCAGUUCUUCUACUACAACAGUGCUGGUCCAAGCGACACACUGAAGAUCUAUGUCAGAGAAUAUGACAAAGCCAACCCCAGUGGAUCUAUGCGCUUGAUAAAGACUAUAGAUGGACCCCCUCAGACGUUGUGGCAACUGCACCAUGUGAGUUUAGAUGUCAAAACAAAAUUCCGUGUUGUCUUCCAAGGGACCAAGGGGGGCUCUGGGCCUACAGAAGGGGGACUAUCCCUGGAUGACAUCAACCUUUCUGAGACAACAUGCCCUGAGUUCAUAUGGCGAGUGACAAACUUCAGUCACAUUAUGGAAAACACUCCAACAAAUAUACCUAUCUUUAGCCCACCAUUCACUUCUAAGGAGGGUUACACUUUCCAGAUGCAGCUAUACCCCAAUGGAAAAGCAGACCCUGGUGAGUUGUCUGCUUACGCUCAUCUAGUGGCACGUGAAGGGGACACAGGCCAAUCAUGGCCUUGCCCUUGGAAACAGAUAACCAUGAUGCUAAUGGACCAGCACCCACACAUCCAAAAGCGUAUGUCCAAUCAGCGCAGUGUCACUACUGACCCUAACAUGAAGGGAACAGGCUCUGACCAUCUUUUCUGGGAUGAUCCUCGAAAGAUUGGUGUUGAGGUCACAGACACAGAUGGAUCCAAGUAUUUCCGAGGGCCAGGCGCUGGCACAGCGGCGUAUCUCACCCAUUUAAGAGCCAAAAGCAGGGAUUUUAUCAAGGCAGGGGAUGCCAUCUUUCUUCUCACCAUGGAGGAUGUAUCCCAUUUGACGGAGACCCAGCCUCUUCCUUCCACAACCACACAACCUACAACUACAGACCCUGCUGAUGCAUGCCUUAAUGUGCAGUGUCAGAAUGGUGGAGUCUGUGUUGUAGAGGAAGGCAAAGGUGCUUGCAGGUGUGUGGUGGGCAAUGACUGGUGGUACUAUGGAAACAGCUGCCAGUACAAGGGCUCCCUCAAGGAUAAAACCACUCUUGCACUUGCAUCCUCUUUGUCUGUACUGGGAGCAAUGUUGGUGAUUACAGUAGUUAGUGUUCUCUGUGUGAAGAAGAAGUAUAAGAAACGUGCUGAUAACAGCAUGGUCAUGGGAAACAUGAAUACUUAAUGCAUUC